UAAACACUCUUUUAUAAUAUAUCAUCUGAAGAUGGCACCUACAUGCCCUCGAUGUCAAAGAAUUGUACAUAAGAAAGGUUAUCUUAAGUGCUAUAAAUGUAAAAGAUUUUACCACGUAGAAUGCACUAGUAGGUCAAAAUUAUUUGACUUAAUGACACCAGACAGCAAAAAAACUUGGUCAUGUUCUUCGUGCUGCGCUUCAAACGUAUCAAAGCCUCACACUAGCUCUACAAAUAAAAACUUACAAAAAGUUGUCCCUGGAAAUAAGCCUACCACUUGUACAUCCGACGGCUCUUUCGUGAGUGAGGAAAACUGUAAUAAUAUAAGUAAAAAUAAGUCAACUAAGGAAUGUGACUAUGAAAACACAUCAACACCAGCAUCCAUCACCGUGUCUACUCCCAAAUGCACUAAUCUUAGUUCGCCAGGUUCGCCAUGCAAAGAACAGCAGGCAAUAUUAUCCCCAAAACUAACCAAUAGUGAGCUAAAAAAUGUAACCCACAGAAAAAAGAUGCCAGUUAAUCUUUCUCCUAUUAACUCAAAUGAAAUUGAACAAGCUACGUUUUACACUAGCCCCGUACAAGAUGACAUGAAUACUAGUAAGUACAGAAUCAACAUACCUACUGAAAAUUCAUUUGAUAUAUUGUCAGAAGAGGAGGAUGUGCAAAGUUCGUCAAGAAUCUCCGAAUCACAAUGCGACAUGAACAGAAGUGUUCCUGAGCUGCGCCUAAACAGAAGCCACGAGUUAAAACAAAUGAAACAAACAAUAACUGCUCUUAAAGAAAAACUAGAAUCAGCGGACCGGGAAAUAGAGAACUUAUUAGCAGAAAAUAAUACUCUGUCGAAAAAGCUCGCCGACCAAGAACUUAAAAUAGAAAAACUCAGGCAUAUAUGUAAAAGUACAUCAUCAAAACGGAACAAGAAAAAAAUUCAUCGCAAUAAUACCGUAAGUAAAACAAAUUUAGAUUUUUCUACUGAUACUGAAGAGCAAUUAUCUAACUUGAAAGUUCCUGAACAAUUAUCUCCUUCCACACCAUCUAUGGCGCAUUCAAGACAUAGUCCACCUAACAUUGAUUACACCGAAUCAAAGAAACCCCAGACGCCUGAGGUGAUAAACACUUCCGAAAAACUGCUGCCACCGAUAGAAAAUCCUACGAGACAUCCACAAGACAGUGAUGACAAGAAUUGCAGGACGACGAUCCCAAAUACAAAUAAAAAUAAAAUUUGCAUGCUGAGUACGAAUAAAAACAAUCGAGUUUAUCAACUCGCUGAUCACUUAUUAGGGGCAGAAUUUGAAAUCUGUCACUACCUCUACCCGGGUGCAGGAACACGUCAAAUGCUAGAAAACCUAGAUCAUAAGCUCUUAAACUUUACAAAGAAAGACUAUUGUUUAAUUUUUAUAGGAGAAGAGGAAUUUAAUGUAACGCAAAAUUAUGUUGACGUGAUCCUAAAUAUCAGAAAUAAUUUGGUAUCCCUAAAAUAUACUAAUAUAAUUAUAUGUUAUCCUACAUUUAAGCUUAAUAUUUAUUCCAAUAUGUAUAACUCGAGACUGGAAACAUUCAACUAUUUACUUUACAAUGACAAUUCCGAAUAUGAAUACGCAUAUCUACUUGACAGCAACCAAUACCUGAACAAACUAAAGCCCAUGUAG